AGCUCACCGUUUUUAAAACCAAUUAAACAAAAGGUCAAACGGCUAACCUGCCGAAGGAAUCUCCCAAUUUCUUAGGACUUCGAUCUCGUGCAACUUUUUUUACUUCACGCUGUUCUUGUUUAUAGUCCACUUGUACCUGAUGUCUGCAGCUAACCCCAUUCAUGUCUCGAUGCCCAGUGGUGUGUUUUUGGAAGCCAUUGGGCACCAUUCGCCUGCCAAAAAUUUUUCUUGACAUUUUUCUCCAUUUCUUUUGCCAGUUUAUCCCAAGUUCAGAUUGUAACAAAAGGUUCGAGCAAACUUUUGAUCUGAUUGAUACCUUCAGGAGCGUGCGUAGAAUCCAAGAAACCCCAAAUCUGUGCCUGGAGCAUCGAGCAUCCAUUAUCCGGAUCAUGGAGAGGUUCGGUAAAGCCCAGUGAAGAAAUCCGAGCUCUGUUGCAGUCUCCUAGCGGGCUGCGGGCCAUAGGAGAUCUCGCGCGCGACAGCACAAGCGACCACGGAAAUGUCGCCGCAGCCGGCCCCCGACCUCGCCGAGGACAAGGAGAGGGACACCAAUGUCUUCAUCGAGGAGGCCCCGGGAUCGCCAGCUAAGGUGGCCGAGGGCGACGGCCAUGGCCACGGCAGCCCCCCAACGUCGCCGGUGGCGUGGUUCCGGAUGCUGGCCAGGGAACUGCACUGGAGCUUCGUCUUCGGCGUGGUGGCCACGUACGGCAUCAGCCAGGGCCUCGGUGGCGGCAUCUCGCGCGUCGCGUCCGACUACUACUGGAAGGACGUGCAGCGGGUGCAGCCGUCGGUGGCGCAGGUGUACCAGGGCGUCACGUCCAUCCCCUGGAUGGUCAAGCCGCUCUGGGGCCUGCUCACCGACGUGCUCCCCGUUGCCGGAUACCGCCGCCGGCCCUACUUUAUUCUUGCAGGCUUCAUCGGAGUGAUUGCAAUGCUUAUACUCGCUCUCCACAGCAAGCUUCAUGCAUUGUUCGCUUUGUUGGCAUUGAUGACCGGAAGCGCUAGCGUGGCGAUAGCUGAUGUUACUAUAGAUGCUUGCGUGGCAGAAAACAGUAUAGUGUACCCUCAUCUUGCUGCUGAUAUGAUAAGCUUAAAUGGAUUCUGUUCAUCUGUUGGAGGUCUUAUCGGAUUCUCAAUAAGUGGUUUUCUUGUUCAUGCAAUAGGGGCUCAAGGUGCCCUUGGCCUGUUAACCAUACCCUCUGCCUUGGUAAUUUUAUCCGGAACUCUGCUAAAGGAGGUUCAUAUCCCCAACUUUCCAUACGAGCAGGCCCAUAAGAAGUUCGUAGAAGCAAGUGGGAAAAUGUUAACAGCUUUGAAAUGUCCUGAAGUAUGGCGACCAUGUGUUUACAUGUACAUAUCACUUGCGUUGAGUGUCGACAUCCAAGAAGGAAUGUUCUUCUGGUACACGGACCAAAGCGCAGGGUUAUCUUUUCAUGAGGGAUUUAUUGGCUUCAUGUUCGCUAUUGGAUCAGUUGGUUCUCUUGUGGGUGUUAUACUUUAUCAGAAUAUUCUUAAGGACCAUUCCUUUCGAAGCCUUCUUUUUUCAAGCCAGCUGUUGCUAAGCUUGGCAGGAAUGCUUGAUCUGAUCUUGGUGCUUCGACUAAAUCUUAAGAUGGGGAUACCAGAUUACUACUUUGCGGUGAUCGAUGAGGGGGUCUCCAAAAUGAUCAACCGUAUCAAAUGGAUGCCUCUUCUAGUGCUUAGCUCAAAGCUUUGCCCCACUGGCAUUGAAGGCACAUUCUACGCAUUGCUCAUGUCCAUCGACAACAUUGGCUCGUUAACUGGAUCAUGGGUUGGUGGAUUGCUCCUUCAUUUGUUGAGAAUCACAAGAACAGAAUUCAAGAACCUCUGGGCCGCAAUCUUGAUUCGGAAUAUGAUGAGGCUGCUACCACUGGCGCUGCUGUUCUUGGUGCCAAGAAGUGAUCCGAAUUCCACUCUUCUUCCAUCCGAUUUGCUGAAUGAGGGAGAUGAUGAUGAAGCUCAGCGAGUAGAGAAUGUCGAGUUAACUUCUCUCCCUGCAAACAGAAAUUCUUGCGAUGGUAAAUCUCUCCAUGACGGAGAACGGGAUGACGAUGAAGCUUCACUUCUUGCCAACAGGAGUUGAUACUGGAUUGAAUAUGGAGAUUUUUCUUUUGUACACGAGCAAAUAGAUAAAAUUUAGAAAAAUCUUUGACAUUUGUUUACUAUAGAUACUCAUUUAGAUGUUCACGUUGUUAAAUUCAUUGAAUUUGCAGCAGGGUAGCGAAGGCUUGAGAGAAGAUACUGGGGAUGCUUUGAGCUGGAUUUCCCAUAUACCAAAACUAUAAUGGAUCAAACUUUACUAAGUGUGAAUCUUGACUUUUCUUAUGAAGUUCACACAUGCUGCUAUGUUACAGUUGUCAGAGUCGUUGACUAAUUGAAAGAUUAGUCAACGUCCGGUCAGGCAUUGUAAACACUAUAAAAGAAAGUUUCAAAGUAUUGAAGCACAUUGUUUUUUCU